AUGAAGAAAGCAGAUAAGGAAUAUGUUGCUGCUGUGUUAGAGAAGAAAGCAGAUAAAACUUAUGUUAAUGAAAAAGAUAAUGAAAUUAAAGAAAUGGUUGAAUGGUAUCAUGAAUGGACAUCAAAGAUUUUAAAAACUAAAGCCGAUACAGGAUGGGUUUCAGGAUGUUUAGACCUUAAAGCGGAUAAAACUUAUGUUAACGAUGAGUUAGAGAAGAAAGCGGAUAAGGAAUAUGUUGCUGCUGUGUUAGAGAAGAAAGCAGAUAAAACUUAUGUUAAUGAAGAAAUAAAACAAUCAGAGGUCUAUUUUACUCCGCCAUUUUUAAAUUUUAUGAAAUCAUCAGAUAAAACCUUUGAUAUAGAUUCCUUUGAAUGGAUAUGUUUCGAUGGAGUGACCAUGUAUUUAUUUUAUACAGAUGGAGUGCUUUAUUAUUUUAAAACAAAUGAUUUUAAAAACUAUGAAUCAUUUACUCCAUCUGUUUUGAAUCCUGAUACACGAAAGCCAAUCAUUAAUCCAAUAAUUUUAUAUGUUGAAUAUAAUAACGGUAAAUUUAUGGGAAUGAUAACGGUUGAAGAUGAUUUUUGCCCUUGUUAUUCAUUCGAUUAUAUCCAAUGGUUCAAAUGUAAUUUAAAUCAAGAUGCUAAAUUUAAAUAUCCAAAUAAUCCUAUUAGAUGUGUUAAUAAUAAAUGGGUACUAAUUUAUGAAGUCAAUCAAAUUUUCAUUAGUGAGGAUGGGAUAAAUUAUUAUAUGUUUAGUAUGAUGUCAUCAGAUUUGAAAAUUGAUUAUACAAGUAAGUGGUAUUACAUUAACAACAUGUAUUUUAUCCUACAAAAUGAUAAAAUUUAUAGAUCAUCUUCAAUAUCACAAGGUCAAUUUGAACAAAUUUUUCAAGCUGAUGGAGACAUUGAAGCUUUAUGUUAUGGAUCAAAUGUUUAUGUUCUCGUUUCAGGUGAAAUGGUCUAUUCAUAUCCUGUAAGUUAUAACAGACAUAUUUAUUUAUCACAGGAUUUAUCAAAUUGGGAAUUGGUUUAUUCAUUCACUCCAAAAUUUACUCAAAAUUAUAGAUUUACAAAUUUAUUUUAUAUUGAUGGGUAUUUCAUUGCUUUAGGAUGUGGUGAUUUAGUAAAUAUCAGUAGUGAUGGAAGAAACUGGUCUGAAAUCACAAAAUUUCAAGAUGUUAGAAAAGCAAUUUUCAAAAAUAAUACGUUAAUAUUGAUAACAAGACCA